AUGUCUCUGUCAGAUGUCCUCUCCACAUCUUACUCUAAAUUUAAACAUUUAACUACCACAUCACUCUCGAUAAUCGUCUUUAUCCAGGGAUGCAUUUCCAUCCUCAUUACUCAAUUCUUCAUCAAACUAUUCUACUAUAAAAACAGUGAGAAAUUACAACGUGGUUUGAACCAAACCAAGAGAUCUUUCAUUAUCCUCUUAUUAUCUAUAUUUUCCAAUGUUUCUCCCACAUCAAUAAGAAUAACUACAGAUGACGCCACCAUGAGAAGAGAUUCUUUUCAAAUUAACCGUAUUGGUGAUAUUAUUGCCCAAUUAGAUACUAACUCCAUUAUUUUUAGCAAUCAUCAACUUUACAUUGAUUGGGUAAUUAUUUGGUGGUUAGCUCAUCUGGCUAAUCUUUCUGGAAACUUUUUUAUUUUAUUGAAGAAGUCCUUAGAGAAGAUCCCAUUAUUAGGCUACGGAAUGAAAAAUUAUAAGUUUAUCUUUAUGAAUAGAAAAUGGGCCCAAGAUAAAUCGUUAUUGGAACAAAGUUUGGGAGCCAUCAACACUAAUGCCAUUGAAAACGGCAAAAAUAAGGAUUUAACUAAUGCCUGGGGGUACAAUAUAUUAUUAUUUCCAGAAGGAACCAAUUUAUGUACUAAUGGAAUAAGAAAGAAUAAUGCAUACUGUAAAAAAAUGGGAUUGAAACCCAUGAAGAACGUACUAAUGCCCCAUACUACAGGGUUAAGGUUUAUGAUUCAAAAUUUACAACCUAGCUUAACUAAAAUUUAUGAUGUGACCAUUGGAUAUUCUGGUGUUAAGGGUGAACACGAGUUUGCAGAAAUCAAGUAUUCCCUGAAAAAUAUUUUCUUGAAGGGCUUGGGUCCUUCCAUGAUUGAUAUUCAUAUUAGAUCGUUUAACUUAUAUGAGAUCCCUUAUCAAGAUGAGGAAGCAUUCUCCAAGUGGCUAUUUACAGUUUGGGAGGAUAAGAAUAGGUUAUUAGAUCAGUACUACAUUAAUGACACGUUUCAAGGGAUGGAUGGGAAAACUACGCUAUUCUGUCCUGCCAUGGAUGUUAAUCCAUAUGAUUUUGUCACCGUUGUAUUCUUACCUGUCGCAUUUGGCAUGGUUUUGACAGCAUCUCUCUGGGCUUACUUCAACAAGAAACUUGCAUAG